CCCUCCACUCCGGCGCGCGCGGCUGGAUCGCGGCCGAAGCCGCCAUUGUUCCGCCGAGGGAGGUCAGCCCGGCCUGGCACUGGCGCCCGGACGCCGCUUAGCGGCCGCCACUGGAGACACUCCCUCCGCCGCACCCCCCCUCCUCCUCGCCGGCGGUGGCGGAGCGAAGCUGACGCGCCGGGGGGGCGCAGUUGGGAGCCCCCCUCACCUCCCUCCCGGUGGCGUCAACGGCCGAUCCGCCGCCGGCUCCGGCGCGAGGGGCGGCUGCGAUGCGCUCGGCCUGAGGCCGCCGUCGUCGGCCGGGCCCUGUCUUCGCUUCCCUUGACUCUCGCCCGGCGGGCGGCGGCGUCGUGCGCCCCGGCGUCCUCCAUCCCUCGAGGAGGCCCCUCUGACGGGGAGGGAAGAUGGCUGCACGGGGCUGGCAGGACGAGCUGGCCCGGCAGGCCGAGGAGGGCUCGGCGCGGCUGCGGGAGAUGCUGUCGCUCGGCCUGGGCUUCCUGCGCACCGAGCUGGGCCUGGACCUGGGGCUGGAGCCGAGGCGGUACCCGGGCUGGGUGAUCCUGGCGGGCACGGGCGCGCUGGGGCUGCUGCUGCUCGGGCUGCUGGGCUGCGGCUGGGCCGCGGCGUGCGCCGGCGCCCGGAGGAAGCGGAGGAGCGCGCCCCGCCGGCGCGAGGAGGCGGCCGCCGCGCCCGCCCCGGCCCCGGCCCCGGCCCCGGCCCCCGACGACCUGGCCUUGCUCAAGAGCCUCCGGGGCGACGAACAGAAGAAGAAGAACCGCAAGAAAUUGCCCGAGAAGCCCAAACCAAAUGGACGGACUAUUGAAGUGGCUGAGGAGGAAGUUGUCCGAACUCCUCGAAGUGUAACAGCUAAGCAGCCAUUAGAGACAGAUAAGAAAAAUGAAAAGUCAAAGAAAAAUAAGAAGAAAUCAAAGUCAGAUGCUAAAGCAGUGCAAAACAGUUCACGCCAUGAUGGGAAGGAAGUUGAUGAAGGAGCCUGGGAAACUAAAAUUAGUCACAGAGAAAAACGACAGCAACGUAAACGUGAUAAGGUACAGACUGACUCUGGUUCAUUGGACUCAACUAUCCAUGGGAUAGAAAAUACCAUCACAGUUACCACCGAUCAACUUACAACCGCAUCAUUUCCUGUUGGUUCCAAGAAGAAUAAAGGUGAAUCUCAUCUUAAUGUUCAAGUUAGCAACUUUAAGUCUGGAAAAGGAGAUCCUACACAUCAGGUUUCUUCAGGAUUGAAUGAAAACCCCACUGUAAAUGGAGGAGGCUGGAAUGAAAAGUCUAUAAAACUCUCCUCACAGAUAAGUGCAGGGGAGGAGAAGUGGAAUUCUGUUUCACCUGCUUCCGCAGGCAAGAGGAAAACUGAGCCAUCUGCUUGGGGUCAAGACACCGGAGAUGCUAAUGUGAAUGGAAAAGACUGGGGGAGGAGUUGGAGCGACCGUUCCAUUUUUUCUGGUAUUGCUGCUUGGUCUAGUGUGGAUAGGGGAAUGAAUACCUCUGAACAGAAUUCUGCUUCUUUUGCAUCUCUCACACUUAACUCUGCUGUUCCUGUGUCUGGAUCUACUGCUGAGCCAGUUUCUCAGGCUACCACUUCUGAUUAUCAGUGGGAUGUUAGCCGUAAUCAGCCCUAUAUCGAUGAUGAAUGGUCUGGGUUAAAUGGUCUGUCUUCUGCUGAUCCCAGCUCUGAUUGGAAUGCACCAGCAGAAGAGUGGGGCAAUUGGGUAGAUGAAGAGCGAGCGUCACUUCUAAAGUCCCAGGAGCCAAUUCCUGAUGAUCAAAAAGUUUCAGAUGAUGAUAAAGAAAAAGGAGAGGGUGCUCUUUCAACCGGGAAAUCUAAAAAGAAAAAGAAGAAAAAGAAGAAGCAAGGUGACGAUAACUCUCCUGCACAGGACCCAGAAGAAUUAGAAAAAGAGAUUAGAGAAGAGCUUCCAGUGAAUACCUCUAAAGUUCGUCCAAAACAGGAAAAAGCUUUUUCUUCGAAAACCAUAAGCACUAGUGAUCCAGCAGAAACACUUGUCAAAAAUAGCCAGCCUAUCAAGACUCUUCCACCUGCUGUUUCUACCGAGCCAUCUGUUAUUUUAUCAAAAAGUGAUUCUGACAAGAGCUCUUCCCAAGUGCCACCGAUGCUACAAGAGUCAGAUAAAUCCAAGUCAAAUACUAAGCAAAAUAGCGUGCCUCCUUCACAAACCAAGUCUGAAACUAGCUGGGAAUCCCCAAAACAAAUAAAAAAGAAGAAAAAAGCCAGGCGGGAAACGUGAAUUUUCUUUUCCUGAAUAGGACAUGUGUUUGCAGACACUGUCUUGAAGAUUAUGCUGUUUAUGCAAUAAUUUGUGAACAUGUACAGAGUUUUAUAUAAAUUUAAACCAAUUUUUAAGACAAAACUGUGAACAUAACCACCAUAAAAAUGGAAUCAAAGGAAAGUUAAUUUAUGAAAUUAAGAGGUCAGCAGAAUAUAUAUACUACAUUGCUGGAAGACACUUGGGAAAGUCUUUUCAAUUUAAUGAGAACGUUCUUAAUUCAAGAAUAUUAUCCUGGUUUUACAACAGUGCCCUGUUUACAACAGAUUGUGCCCUAUUUCUUCUGCAACUGAGGAAUAAAGGAUUCUGAUUAGAGAGAGAGGGUUGCCUACAAAUUCGUAGGCAACUUCUCGGACCUUAUGCACGGAACUUAUACCAUUUGAAUCUGUUUUAUGCUUAAAUCAAAGUGCUUUGAUCAAAUAAUCUGCCAUAUCUUUACAUAUUUGUUGGUAGCAAUUUGUAUUAAAGGAAUCACAAGUGCAAAUAAAAAGUCAUUUAUCAUUUAUUUAACUAAACUGUCAUGGUUUAGUUUAUAAUUUUUAAAAAGUUCUUAAUUAAAACAUUGAAAAUGCAGUUGACACUUAUGGCUUAUGAACUUAUUUUUGAUAGUCUUACAUUACUUGAAUUGUUCAAAGUACAAUAUAUUUUAAAUUAAGAAUGGUAAACUGUAUGUCUUUGUUUUAUACUUUCAAAGAUGAGACUCACAAAUAAUGCUCUUGUUUAUGAUUUGAAAACUUUCAAACAAAAUGUAACUUAUUUUUCCUUUCCCUAGCAAUUUUUUCCAGUGUCAUCUCCUCAUUACUAACACUUUUUGACUAUAAAAAUGAAAUCUUUCACAAACUAGUUCUACAGACAGAACUUUUGAGUAUACGAUGGAGAAUGGAAACCUAGCGUCAAACAGCUUUAAUUGACAUUGUCAAGACCUCCAGCUAUCAGGAAUACGUUUUUUACUGCCUUAACCUGGAGUGCGUAGAAUAUGCAUCAAUUUCUUGAAGGGGAUUCGUGUUUUUAUAAGAAUUUUCUUGUAAUUAUUGCAAUCAUGGUCAAAUAAGGAAUGUUUCCUGCUUGAAACUAUUAAUUUAAAUGCUGUGGGAGCUGUUUUACCAUUUCAGGCACUGUGUAAUUCUAUUGUGAUAAACUGGCAGGUAUCUUUGUAACUAUAAAUAGUGCAUGCUCAGCCAUGUACACUGUAAAUAGCCUUUACCAAACGUGUUUGACAAGGACCAUAAUUAACAUCACUUAGUGAAUUGUGAUAAAGAAAAAAGCCAUGAUUUGAUGUGAUUGGCUUAAUUGUUUUUAUGUGGCGCCAAGAAUGAAACUGUUUAGCUGUAACCAAUGGUACUGAUCUGUCCAUCCAGCGUUGUCUUUAUUCUCUUUGAUUGUGAUUUGAUAGUAUUGCAUUGUCAAUCCAGGAAAGCUAAAGAUACAAAAUGGUUUUAGUUUUGCUGAAGACUGGCCUUAUUAAUGGACAGCUUUCCUAACACGCGAUUAUUAACUCUUUAUCGGGUGUCAACAUCUGUUUCAGGAACAUGGCAGUAUGUUUACAUGUCAGAAGUUUUGUUUAUGAUAUUUCUAAAUUGAUUUGUUUUAAAUAAAUUCAGCAAAUGGAUAGCAUUGUUUUUAUUUGCUUCAAUAUUGGGAUAAAUAUGCUAACAUGCAAGGAAUGGAUUCCUUCAAAUGACUUUAGUCUGUUAGCUUUUCACAUAGAUGAUUCCUAAGUAGAUUCAAGGAUUCCUGUGUUGCCGGCACUUUGUAAAGAUCUGACAAAGGAGAAUUCAGUAGGGAGUCUAAUUUUAGGAUGUGCCAAAAGAUGUGUGCUCAAAAAAAUUAAACUCUCUCAACUCUACCUCACCAUUUCUUUAUCCUAGAAUUUUGUUGGCUAUGUCAAGUGUAGAACUUUGUUUCUCAGUUUAGUAUCACCCAGUCAACCAUUUAUGCCAGAUGUUAAAGACACUGUCUUUUAAGGAGAAAUGAAUUGUGGCGCUGGAACAGUAAAUUUGUUCUCGUUCACAUGCAUGAGGUGCAAACUCCUGCCGGAUUACAGUAUUAUUGUUGCUUGCUCUUGACGUGACCCAGAGGUCUUUCUGUGACAUGAAAGGAGUUUCUGGAAUCUGAACACAGGAACUGUUCCCAUCAUCAACUCAGAAGGCAUACAAUCAAGUAGUGAUUCAGGGAGGAGGGGGAGAGAGGAGCCCAUUGCUCCCUGGGGCUCUGAUUAGUGGCUCCCCAAACUGUCAGUAGGAAGAUGACUGAUCCCUUUGGUCUUCAGGCCUGGAGGGCACCUGUUCUGAGGAGCAAUUAAGGCUCCUGUAGAAACUACUUUAAAAUCGUCCUAAUCCCUUCUGUCUCCGUACACUGAAAAUUCCUCUCUAUUCUGGACUGGGGAGUAGUGGUUUAGGGUUUCCCCAGGUGGAACCCUCAUCUAACUAUACUCUGGACUAAGUGAAACAGUUGAGAGAGUCCAAAAAGUAUUAAAAUCAAACGCCAAUGUAAUUUACCAUGUUUACUUUGUGCAUGCGUUCUGUUGGGGGGUGGGGAGGGGACAGUGAAAAUAAUACAUUCAAAUCUAAUGGUAUUACUUCAUAGACUAAUCCAGUUUGUAUUUGGUUAAAAAAUAUUGAAGGGCAAUAUUUAACUACAGAGUUUAGUUUUUCUUCAUUAAAAACAGUCGUCUGUUAAUAUAAGGUCUUUCAAAACUUAGAAAUUAGGUUUAAGAUGUCUAAUAGAUGUCUUAAGUCUUUCCUGUAAACUCACUGCACAAACUGGAAUUACUUUCCAAAAGACUUAGGGAAUGCAAAUGUGUUAUUUGUAAAAUGCAUUGAGUAUUGUAAAUAAAGCCAUUUUUGUUUUGUUUAA